UUCUUUAAAUAUAGCGGAAAUAACGCCUAAAAUAAUUUUAGAUAGAAUUCGUUCUUUUACAAAAUUAUUAAGUAUAAAUAUAUUAAUACUUUUCUAGUUAACAAUUUUGUUUAAACUUUAUUUUUUCCCUCAAAAAAAAAAAACUCAAACCUAUCACUCAUACAAACUGUAAUUGAUAUGCCUUUAUUAAUAAUUUAUCUAUUCUAAUUGUUAAAGUAAGUAAUGUAUAUAAUAUACAGUGACUCUCAAAAACAUUCGUACACUACACACUACAGAAUGACUAAUUUUAUGGUUCUAUGUUGUUUAUAAAGCAAUCGCCCUGGUUAUUUUUUUAAUAAUAUGAAAACAUAUAAUUUAUUUGGUAAAUUCACAUACAUUGCAUAGUAAAAGUUGCCGAAGAAAAUAACGCCGUACUUUCAGUUCACAAAAAUAUUCGGACAUAUUUUAUAUUUAUCUGUUUAUCUCCUUCUGGCAACCCGAUAUUCCAAGAAAGCAGAAAAAUCUCUAUUUCUCAAUAGUAAAAAUGACCUCGUCCAAAAUGAGUCGCAAAAGAAAUAAUACGGCAUUCAACAUGCUGCAAUUUAUAAUUUUCCACCAGAAAAAGGGAAGAACCUAUCGUGAAACUGAUGCUAUGCUCCAUAUAAGCAAAAAUAUUGUUGCAGAUAUCAUUCAACGAUUUUAUUUCGAGGAUCACAUUGAAUAUAUUCCACAAACUGGAAGACUAAGUCUCUUAAGUACAAAGGAGAAAAACAGAAUUAUUCAAAAGGGAAAGAAAAUCCGCAAAUAAAUGCCCCAAAAAUAGUUAGUGAGGUAUUAGAAGCAAGCUACAAAAACGUUUCGAUUGGAACAGUUCAAAGAAUUAUCAGACAAGCUGGAAACAAUGGAACAGUAGUCAGAAAACAAUUUUUUAUGAAUGAGAAUAGGGAGAAACAAGUCAAUUUUAUAAAAGAGCUAAUUUCUAAGAAUGAUUCAUGGUGGAAAGAUGUAGUAUUUAUUAACAAAAGCAAAUUCAACCUUUAUAAUUCUGAUGGAAGAACUUUGGUAUGGCAAAAACUGAUUAAAAAAUUCUACUUUAAAAGUACAAGAGGUACAGUGAAACAUAGGGAAGCUAGUGUAAUGGUCCAGGGCUGUAUUUCAUCAUACGAAGUUGAAAACUUGAUGACAACAUUAUGGAUAAAAAUCUUUACUUAAGCAUAUGUAAAAACAAUUUAGUUCAAAAUGUCAAAAAAAAAAAAAAAAAAAAAAAAAAAAAAAAAAAAAAAAAAAAAAAAAAAAAAAAAAAAAAAAAAAAAUAGGAAUUCAUAAUAGAAUUAAGUUUUAUCAGGACAAUGACAAAGCAUGCAUAUAUAGUACAUUCAUAAGGUGAAUUACAUAGAAUAAUUUGGAAAACUACAAUUUUUUCAAUAGUCGAAUUAGAACAAUGACUCGAAAAUGAAUGGUCAUAUGUAACUGUAGAAUAUUUAAAAAAAAGUGUAAAUAAUAUGUCAAACAGAUUAAAACGUGUUCUAAAAUAAAAUGGUUUCUCAUCAUGAGGUAUUAAAAUUAUUUUGUGAUAGUGAAUUAUAUUAAAUAAAUGAUAAAAAUAAUUCUUAUUAAUAAUAAUAAAUGAUCUGUUAUUAAAAAACUAACCAGGGCGAUUGCCUUAUAAAUAACUGAAAUAUCAAGCCAUGAAGUUAGUCAUAUUGUAAUAUUAUCAUAGUAAUCAUCCAAAUAUUUUUGGGAGUCACUGUAUUAAAUCUAUGUUUUGACUUUACACAGUUUUUAUUAUAUAUGUUGGGUUUGUCGGGUUGGCACUGGUUCUUGGGGUACGUUGCGUAUCUUCAUUAGGACAAGUCAUUGUAAUAGUUCAAAGAGGUUUAUAUUUACAGUGAUAUGUACAAGAGUUGAUUUAACAGGGUUUAACAAUUAAACGUGAUUAUAAGACACUCUUAAAGUAAAGAUAAUGUUCUUAGGUUCAAACGAAUCCACGGUCAAUGGGAUAACUCUUUAUACAAUUGGAUAUGUGUUGAUACUCAAAAUGACGUUAGCUGUGACAUACGGUAUCUUUCAGACUGACAGACUGACGUUGUGUGUAAACUCUCCAAGGUGAUCAUAAGAAUAAAAGACUGACACGAUCACAUUUGUCAAUUGCAUAUCGAUCGGGGUUAUCAACAAAAUUCCAAGCGCCGUUACUAGGCAGACUCGCGUAGAGUCGUCAUUGCUCCUGCCUCGGAACUUGUUUGUUAAUACAACGUGUGUCCCUCAAUAUUGGUACUUCUACUGUUAAGUAAAACGUUCAUCCCGUGACCGUGGCUACGUUCGGUGACCAGUUGUGUCACCUCGACCACAAGCCCACUAUUAUAAUUCUAUAAUGAACAGCUAUAACAAACAGUUUAGACCAAAGUAUUGGGAAUCUUCCCAAAAUUCCAAAAGAAAGGCCCAUUAUCCCUACAUCUCCGAUAUAUAUAUUGAAAUUUGAGUAGAGAAAAAGGGAAACUAUAUACCUGCAUUGCGGACUUAAAAGCAGCAUUCAAGGCUAAAUAGAGAGAAAUUGGAGGAGAAAAUGAGAAAAAUGGGGAUUAGUGAAAAACUAAUUUGAAGGAUAAAAGAGCUGUACGCAGAAAUAAAGAAUGUGGUGAGAAAAGAAUUUUGGACAGUGAGGGGAGUCAAACAAAGGUGCCCGUUGAGCCCGACAUUAUUCAAAAUCUAUGUGACAGGACUGGAAGAAGAGAUAAGGAAAGGACAAGCCGGGGGAAUAGUGGAAGGAGAAAGAAAGGUAUGGUCAUUGACAUAUGCAGACAAUAUUGUGCUGAUGGCGGAUAGAGAAGAGGAGCUAAAGGAAAUGCUAAAGAAAUUCAAAAAAAUUUUAAAGGAAACCGAAUUGGAACUGAGCACGGAAAAGACCAAGUAGACAUAGUAGUUUUUGGAAAAAGAAAGAACAAGAGAAGACAAAGAAAAUGGAAAUGGGGAGAGCGAGAAUUAGAAAAAGUGGAUGAGUUAAGAUACCUAGGGUACAUACUACAGAAAAACGGCAGUCAUGAGAAACACAUACAAGACAGGAAAAAGAGAGCAACAAUAGCAACGAAGAAAACAUGGAGCGUGGGAGAACGGAUUUUCAAACAGGACUACAAGAGGAGAAUGAAGAUGUUUAGAGCACUGGUAGAGAGCGUGGCGCUGUUUGGAACAGAGGUAUGGGGCUGGAACAUGGAAGAAAGACUGGAUAGAAUACAAAGAAGAUAUGUGAAAUUGAUCUUAGGUUUAGAUAUGACAACACCAAAUUAUAUAUUGGUAGAAGAAUGCAAGCUAACAGAAAUCAAAGAAAAAGCAUUAAGAAGAGCAGCAAGGUAUGAAGGGAAAGCCAUAGAAUCAAAAAAGGAACUAGUAAAGGAGUGCAUAAAGGAAAGAAAGAGAAACUGGGGAAAUGGUCAAGAAGGGAAAAGAGCAAGAAGGAGAAAGAAGAGACUAGAAGAUGUGAGAAAUGAAGGGACACAGAUGGAAGCAAGAGAAGAGCAAGGAAGGAUGACAGUAGACCAAAUUAUAGAAGAAAGAAGAAAGAGAGAAGCAGAAGAGAGGGAGAAAAGGAUAAGGGAAUCCAAAUAUAAUAUACAUUACAGAAAUAUCGCCAAAGAAGAAUUACCAAAGUACUUAGAAGGGUGGAUGAAGUGGAAGUAUAGAAGGCAAGAUUCACAUGUGGGAACGAGACCAAAGCAGGGGAAUACUGGAAAGAAGGGGGAGAAAAAAGAUGCAGACUAUGUAGAAGAAAAGAAGAAGACCUGAGACAUGUAAUAGAAGAAUGUGAAAUAAUGGGAGGACCAAAGGACACAGAAAAAAUACUAAAUGAGACUGGAGAAGGACUAACAGAACUAAAAACAAUAAUGGAGAAAAGAAGGGCAAUACAAGAUGGGGAGGAACGACAAUAAGGAAGCACAGCAAGGAGGCAAAAGCCCAAAAGUUGCUGCAGUUUUAGAGACAGAAUAAUUAAGGGAGUGCAAUAUAAUAGAGUGGAUAAGAAGGGAGGUAGAUAUAUAAGAAGCGAAAUAGGUAAACGAGAUGUAAAACCAAAAGCUUGUCCAAAGCUGAAAGGCACAGACUAAGUAAUAAUAAAUAAAUAAAUAAUAUAGUAUAUGAUAUUUUAAUUUUCUUAAAAUUAAUGUCUUUUAUAUUUAUAAAAAAAAUUAUUUUCUUUUACUUUGUACAUAUGUAUUACACUUUUCAUUGUUAUAUUAAAAGCAAUAUAUAAUAUUUUUUAAACAUAAAUAAGAAAUAUAUUGUUAAAAACAA